AUGAGACUCUUAAUUCAUCUAAUUCCAUUCCUCUCCCUGUUUCCCGCCUUAUUCUCUUCUCUCUUCGCCCUCUCCCAAACAACAUGUUCACCUCACCACAUCAACGACAACGACGACAAUUCCUCCCGCUGCCAACUCCACCAAUGCCAGCUCAAGAUCGAUCGCUUAGAAUCGGUUCUAGCAGAAAGCAUUCAAAACCUGACCGAGAAAAUUGAUCGUAUCGAAGAGCGCGAGAAGCGCAUAGACGACAUGGCGCAGAAGAUCCAUCAUUUGCAGUCCGUUUUGUCCACUCUGAAGGGAGACUCAUUGGCUACUGAUGAGAGGCUUAAGGCUUUAGAAGAAGAGGUACGGCUUCUGUGGGCUGCAUCAAGAAAGUACAACUUCGAUCUUCAUGUUUUAGAGUCUAAAGCACAAGAUGCUGAGGAUAGACUCGAAACGGUUGCCUCUCGGGCUCAAAAGAUGGCUGACGUUGUUACAGAACAAUGGAUUCAAAUUCAGCAACUUGAGCAGGCUCUUCAUAUUACACAAAUGAGGACUAUGAGGAUUCAAAGACAAUUAACAAGAUGCAUAUUCUUGAAGUUCAUAAACAACCUUUCUGAUGACCCUCUGCUGAAGACGCUUGGGCCUAACUUCAGAUCCUAUUUCUCUCGAGCUUUGCAUCAGUUCAAGAGAGUCUUUGCAGAAUUUAAAAGGUCUCACCAUGAGUUACAACAUUUCAUCAAAGAGAAACUGGAAAAGAAUGAAUUCACAGCAGCUCUUGCAAAUGAGGAAUUAGUUUUCUUUAUGGCUUCCGCAUUAAUCACCUUCCCAGUAAUGAGUGCUUGGAUGUUGCUCUCAUCAAAACUCACUAGCUGA